AUGCCAAGAAACUCAACACUCUUGGGCCCCAGCCCCCAACUUCCAGCAGCUACCAGCAAGCAGGACUUCGGGAGGAGGAAGCGGGUCUCCAGAGCGGAGCAGCAGGGAGGCUACUUCCUGGAAGAGGGCAGCCCAGGAGAAAGCUCUCCUACCAACAGGGUCUUUGUCUCCUUCACACUAGUGCCAACCAGCCCUCUGGUGCCUACCUGGCCCACCUGGCAGCCACCCAGAUUCCACUCCACUCCAGGACUAUGCCAAGCUGUGGCCAUGCUCCCACCAGCUGGUCACCUCCUGUCCCUCCUGCUGGUGUUGGGCACAGGGGGUACCAUGCCCAGCCCCCAGGUACCUCCCCAGGGCUGCUACGUGGCAGAGGAGGCUGGUGAGCGGACGUUCCGCUGCAGCCAGGCAGGCCUGAGUGCCGUGCCCACCGGCAUCCCCAACGACACCCGCAAGCUCUACCUGGAUGCCAACCAGAUGGCGUCAGUGCCAGCUGGUGCCUUCCAACACCUGCCUGUUCUGGAGGAGCUGGAUCUAUCCCAUAACGUCCUUGCCCACCUCUCAGGGGCUGCUUUCCAGGGCCUGGCGGGCACAUUGCGGCACCUCGACCUCUCUGCCAACCAGCUGGCCUCGGUGCCUGUGGAGGCCUUCGUGGGGCUGCAGAUCCAAGUGAACCUGUCUGCCAACCCAUGGCACUGCGACUGUGCCCUCCAGGAGGUGCUCAGACAGGUGAGGCUGGUACCGGGCACUGGGACAGGCAUCGUGUGUGGCUCGGGAGCCCGACCAGACCUCGUGGGGCAGGAGUUCCUGCCACUGGCAAGGGAGGAAGAGCUGUGUGGGCCGGGGCGGGGCGGGGCCCGGCGGAGCACUGAUGUGGCUUUGCUGGUCACCAUGGGGGCCUGGCUGACACUGGUGGUGGUUUAUCUGAUCCACUACGUGUGGCAGAAUCGGGAUGAGACCCGACGUCCCCUCAAGCGGGCCUCUGUGCUGCCGGUGUGCUCCGAUGACUCCUCCACCCUCAGCACAAUGGUGUGAUGACCAGGGUCCACUCCUCCGGCCCUGCACCCCCCACCCCUUCAGCUGUGCUCUCUCUUUUCCUCUGACCCCCUCUGCCUCCUCUGCAGCUCCAUCUCAUCCCCUAGAUUCCAUCCUCCUUCCUCCUCUGUCUCCCCUAAACUCCUGAUCUCUCUCCACCAACACGAUCUUUGGUGCCUGGAGUUUUUGGUGUCUACUUUUGGCGUCUACUCUGGGCCCAGACUGUGCUAGAGUCAGAGGACCAAAGCUCGCGAGUCCACAGUGGUAAGGAGACGACAGAACAGAGAAUGAAUGACAGUGGAUAACAUGUGUGCUAACUCAGAAGUAGGAGCAGGCAGCUGUGGGCGCAUGGAAGGAGCCUCUGCCUGGCUGAGGCGAUCUCAAAGGGUUCGCUGUGCUGUACCAAUGUUUGAACUGACUCUUCAAAAACAAGAAGGGCUUUGAGCAGAAGAGGGAGGACCCUAGCUGAAAGGUGGUGGACAAAAGCAAGAAGAUGUAAAACAAUCUGGAAUGUCUGGGCAGCAGCAAGACUUACUUUAGGGCUGGAAUAAAGGGUGCAAAGAGGGGCGAGGGGAUGACGGGACCAAGCAGGAGGUGAGGUCAGAAAGUUGGGGUGUGGCCAGAUUGAGAAGGAUCCUGUGGGUUCCUCCUGUCUUCUCUCUCACCUUUACUGAGAAGCUCUCCCUCACUUCUUGCCUUUCUUAGCCCCAGGCUCUGUUCCCUGCAUUCUCUUUUGGGGAACCCCUGGCUUAGGGCCCUCUGCUUCCUUUCCUAAAGACUCCCCAUCUUUCUGCCUCUCCUUUAUACACUGAAGGGUUUCCUGAACUCUUUCCCUUUGGGGUGAAGCGGUCUCCUUUAUGCCUGAGAUGGGGAUGGGUCACUCACUGGAAAGCUGGACACGGGGAAGGGACUAGGAGGUCUCCCCUGCCCAGACCAUCGCCCCAAGACAGCUCAAUAAAGUCGCUUUUAUGAAUGCCCUUGAUCUCUCUCUUAAAGCUCAUUUUCUUGGAUGUGUGUGGCCUGGCAGUGAGGAGUGGGAGGGUGUUGGGGCCU